AUGCGUUUCUUUGCAUUUGCAGUUUUUAUUGUUUCUAGCAUUCUACUUGUAGAGGCAUCAUCCAUUUGCCAAAAACGUCAAUCAUGUGGGUGUGCUCCUAGAGUUCAACCAAGCUGCUCGUGCCAACAAACCACUUAUUCUCAACCACAACAGUUUAGUUGUUCCUGUCAAAACACUGCUCCAGUUCAAAAAUCAUGCUCAUGUUCCUAACCAGCUCAGCAACAAAUUUACCAAGUGCAAACUUCUCAGUGUGCUCCAGCGUGUCAGCAGUCUUGCCAAAAUCAAUGUAAAUCUGCUCCAUUUGUUAAUCAAUGCCAAUCCUCAUGCCAGCAAAAUUGUCAGACUUCUUCCUGUAGUGCUUCAGCUACGUUGGCUCCAGUUCAACAUGUACCACAAUGCCAACAGCAGUGUGCUCCUCAAUGCCAACAGCCAGCAGCUCCACAGUGCCAACAGUGUCAGAAUACUUGCCAACAAUCUGCUCCAGUUUGCCAGCAACAGUGCGCCCCGCAAUGUCAGCAACAAUUCGCCCCAGCCUGUCAACAAUGCCAGAAUUCGUGCCAACAAACUCAACAGUGCCAGCAGCAAUGCACUCCGCAGUGCCAACAACCAUCCACACCACAGUGCCAACAAUGCCAAUCAGCCUGCCAAGCUCCAGCCACUGCUGCUCCACAAAUUGUGGAAGCUUCAGUCUCUCAAUCUUGAAGCUUCAGUCUCUCAAUCUUGAAGCUUCAGUCUCUCAAUCUUGAAGCUUCAGUCUCUCAAUCUGCUCAAUGUGAGCCACAAUGUCAGCAAUCAUGCCAACAGCAAUGUGUACAGCAACAACAAUCAAUGCAACAAUGUGCAUCAGCUUGCACCAAAUCGUGCUCUCAAUCGUGCUCUCAGCCAGCUCAAAUGCCAUGCCAGACCCAAACAUUAAACUCCUGCUCCUGUCAGCAAAACUAUUCCCCAUAUGGAAAUGGACAAUGUUGCAAAAGAAAGUAG